AUGGAGCCCGGGAAGGCGGUGCCUGGGGCGCACAGCAGCGGGCCUCGGGUGGCCGCGGGGUCAGAGACGGCCGCGGAGCUCGUGUACCAACUAGCGGGGGCCCUGGGCGCGGAGCUGAAGGAGCUGGCGCGCCGCUUCGGGCCGGAGGCGGCGGCCAGGCUAGUGCCACUCGUGGGGCGGACGCUGGAGCUCCUGGAAAAGGCUGCCGUGGGGCCGGACCCAGACUCACUCCAGGUGUCAGCGCAGCAGGCCGAGGUGGAGCUGCGGCGGCUGCGGGAGGAGAACGAGCGCCUCCGCAGAGAGCUGCGCUCUGGGCCACAGGAGGAGCGCGCUCUCCUGAGGCAGCUCAAGGAGGUGACCGACCGCCAGCGGGACGAGCUCCGCGCGCACAGCCGAGACCUGCUGCAGCGCAGCCAGGAGACCGAGGCGCUGCAGGAGCAGCUGCAGCGCCUCCUACUGGUGAAUGCAGAGCUGCGGCACAAGCUGGCCGCGGUACAAACCCAGCUGCGCGCCGCGAGGGACCGCGAGAGCGAGCGCCAACUACAGCGCCGGGGGGCCGUGGAGCUGGCGCGGGACCAGGCCGGGGUGGCCGGGUACGAGCAGAGGCAGGAGCCCGAGCGGGCCACCGCCGACGCAGGAGCCCCGGGGACCCCUGAGGACCCGGCGGGUGCCGUGCAGCAGCCCGGGCGCCCCUCCAAGGCAGGACAGUGCAGCUUCAGUCGAGAGGAGCUGGAGCAGAUCCUUCAGGAGCGGAAUGAGCUCAAAGCCACCGUGUUCCUGCUGAAGGAGGAGUUGGCCUACUUCCAGCGGGAGCUGCUCACAGACCACCGGGUCCCUGGGCUUUUGGUUGAGGCCAUGAAGGUGGCUGUCAAGAAGCAGCGGAAGAAGAUCAAGGCCAAGAUGCUAGGGAUCCCAGAGGAAGCAGAAAGCAGUGACGAUGAAGACAGCUCAUGGCUCCUGCUCUCCAGUGAUAAGGGAGCCCACCCUCCACCCACUGAGUCCAGAAUACAGAGUUUCUUUGGCCUGUCCUAUCAGGGUGAAACAGAAGUCCCUGAAGCCCAGACCAGCAGCAUGGCUCCCAGUGAGCUAGCGGGAGAAGAGGAGGCAGCCCCACAGUCCUCAACUCCUGACUAG